AUGGCUAAUACUGAGGAUGAUAAUUUUGACAUUGACAUCUACGGGGAUGGUGGGGGUUACAACGGAAAUGAACAGGAAGGUGAUUUCAAAGGCGAAGAAACAGAUAUCGUUCUGGAUGCGUCUGAGCAACCACAAAAUGGUGAGGUAAAUAAUGAAGGGGCGAGCGAGAGAUACAGUAAUGGUAAUGGCCAUGCCGAGAAUGGAAAUCACAAGAUAUUUAAAACUGGGGAGUCAACUGCAGCAACACCCCAGCCGUCAAAUCCGCCUCAACCUCAGGCUCAGCCUCAAGCGCCACCGCAGCAAGGAGUGAAGCGAAAAGAGAGUCACGACAAUCAAGCUGCGGAUCCCUCUGCGACAACUGCACUAUUCGUUUCGGAUCUUUACUGGUGGACAACAGACGAUGAUAUUAGAGGCUGGGUCAACCAAGCAGGGGUUGAGGAUGAGCUUAAAGACGUCACGUUCAGCGAGCACAAAGUGAAUGGUAAAAGUAAAGGACAAGCUUUUGUUGAAUUCAGGUCAUCCCAAGCUGCAACUGCUACUAAACACAAAAUCGAAUCUUUCAACACUCAACAAAGUUCAAGAAAAUACACUGUCACAUAUACACAUCCUAACACUAAUCCGUUCCGUACACUACCAAAGGAUAAUCCCAUGCGCGGUAAAGAUGAUCGACAAGCACGUUCAGGAUCGUCCGGUAAUUUCAGUUCUCCAACCCAAAGCUCCAAUUUUGUCAUGAAUAGUAGCAGUGGUUAUCGGGGUAGUCGUGGCGGCGGUUACAAUCGCAGCGGUAUGUCUGGAGGUUUUAACGCCAAUCGUAACUUCUCGCAGCCAAUGGGAGCUGGUAACUUUCAAGGCGUUGCUAUGGGCGGCGGCUUCCAAAGCGCGCCAGUUGGAGGUAUGCAAUCUUACGGCGGAUUUAAUAACCGCGGCGGAAUGAUGGGCAAUAUGCGCGGUGGGCCUGGUGGUAUGCGAGGGGGUCGCGGGGGUAUGGGUGGCCCCGCUACGAAUCCCAUGAUGCCCGUUGGCGGUGUUCCUAACGUGGGUGGAAUGGGUGCAAUUGGCAUGGGCGGCAUGCAGAUGGGAGGAAUGCCCAAUCAGAUGGGCGGAAUGAUGGGUGGUAUGGCAGGAAACAUGGGAAUGCAAGGCGGUUUCCAAAACCAAAAUGCUCACUUCAAUCCUGCAUUCUUUGGGCAGCCUCAUGGGGGCAAUGACGGUGCUUGGAACCCGCAUGGCGUAAAACGGACGCGCCAGGAAUGA